GGGGUGGGGAAAGUGGUAUCGGCGGCGCAUCGCCGCCCGGUGAUGAGGCCGGCCCGUGUCUCUCCGGCGCGGUGAAUUGACGGACGGUGAAUAGCGGCACAGAGCGCGGACGAUGGCGGCGCCGAGGGCGGCACUGGCCGCCGUGCUGGCGACAUUGUUCUCCGCAGCGACCGUCAGCGGUGAAGGCUGCCGUCUGGGCAGUCCGGCCGAGCCGUCCCGGUUCGAGAGGGUCCCCGAGAACCUCCAGCCGGGCACCCACGUGCUGGUGUUUGAGGCAGAGGGAGCCGCCGAGCUGGAGCUCAGGCCCGUCAACAAGGAGGAGGACUACACGGACUAUUUCCGGCCGGUGCUGCUGACCAACGACACGGGCGGUCUGGUGGUCUCCCAGCCGCUGACGUCACUGGUCCGACGGCAGCAGCCCGUCUCCGUGGCUAAGUUCCGGGUGUUCUGCGCCAGCCGGCCACCGUUCACGGGCUCUGACUCACUGCUGGUGUCGCUGUACAUUGAAGACGUCAAUGACCACCCGCCGGUGUUUGUCGGGGCGCCCUAUCAGGUCACCGUGGACGAGCUCACCCCGCCAGGAAUUGUCGUAUUCGACGGAAUCAUCGCCGAAGAUAACGAUAAGCCGAACACAGCCAACAGCGACAUCUACUAUUGGAUAUCGCGGGGAAACGAGAACCUCAAGUUCAGUCUGUCGCCGCUGCCGAACGGCGGCGCUGCUGUCGUGCUGGAAAAGCCGCUCGAUUUCGAGGACGGAGACCGGGAGCUCAAUUUGACCAUCACAGCCUCGGACCGCGGUGCACCCGCCCGUCUCAGCCGCGCCCAGCUAACGGUGUCGGUCAGAGACAGCGACGACCAGCCGCCCGUGUUCACGGCGCCAGUGUACCGAGCCAGCGUCACAGAGUACCCCGGGACGCAGAUGCGGACCCUGGAUCUGCCACUGCGCACCGAGCCGGCCAUUCUGGCCUACGACGCCGACCUGGCGAUCGACCAGCCGCUGCAGUACGGCAUCGCGUCCGGCAACUCAGGCGGCCACUUCAGCAUCGACAGGGAGACGGGCCGGCUGACCCUGGUCAGGACCUUCGACCGCGAGCGGCUCGAUCAGGACGAGGUAUCGCUGAUGAUCGAGGCCUGGCAGACGGACGACCGGUCCAGGUCAGCCCGAGCAGAGGUCAAGGUCAAGGUCACGGACCUAAACGACAACCGUCCGGAUUUUGCGGUGGACCGGUACAACAUCAGUAUCAUCGAGAACCUGCUGCGGGGCUUCAGCAUCGUCCAGUUGCAGGCCACCGACCCGGACGAGGGCGACAACGCCCGGUUCACGUACCGGCUGGAGGACCGGUCGGGCGCGUUCGGCCUGGACCCGACCUCCGGCUGGCUAACGGUGGCCGACCAAACCCGCCUGGACCGGGAGACCCGGCCGCUGCUCCAGCUGGACAUCUUCGCCGACGAGCUGCGGCCCAACGUACUGGAUGAACGUGGCGAGGUGAAGUCGAUGACGAGUGUGAUGAUUAACCUGCUGGACUCGAACGACAACAACCCUCAGUUCGAGCCGACCAACACGUAUCAGUUCGUGGUGGAGGGAAACAGCUCCGUGGGAAGCGUCAUCGGACAGGUGUCUGCCACCGAUCCGGACGAGGCAGGUAACGGCCGGGUGCGGUUCUCCUUUGAGAACAGUACGCUGGCGGACGGCGGGGCGGCGUUCUCUGUCUCGGCGGAGAGCGGGGAGCUGGUCCAGCGGCGGCCGCUGCCGGCCGGCCCGUACGUGCUGUUUGUGCGCGCCGAGGACUCGCCCGAGAGCCGGGGACAGACGCGCAGUGCGCUGGCUGUCGUCACGGUGCUGGUGCGGCCCAGGAACGUCCGGCCGCCCAGCGUGUCUGCCGGCCAGCGACUGUGGGUGGGGAAGGAUGUCGCCCCGGGGUCGAUGCUGGGGCAGCUAAUAGCCGGGGACCCGGACGGGGACAGCCUCACCUUCCGACUCCGAAACGGCACCGAACUGUUUGAAAUGGAGGAGGGCACGGGAGUAAUCCGUGUCGUUUCGCCUCUGAACGACACGGCUCAGACCAAGUACACUCUGGGAGUGGACGUGACGGACGGCACGCAUCUGACGGCCGCCGCCAUUGACAUCAUCAUCGUACCGGAAAACGCCGAGGAGGCCUUCGAGAGCGCCUCGUACAGCUUCGAGGUCGAGGAGAACUUGAGUAAUCUUACCAUCGGUUCACUUCUAAAUGGCACCUCUGCUACUGAAGACUUACUUGAAGCCAAGAUUCUGAACCCGUCUCUGAACGAGACCUUCGAGGUGACGGAGAAAGGAGAGCUUCGCCUUUUGAAACCGUUAGACUUCGAGUCGGACCGGCAGCUGUCGUUCACAGCCGUGCUGCAGUACCGCCGCCGCGGACAGCGGUACGUGCGCGCCGCGGGCGUCACUAUCCGGGUCCGCGACACCAACGACAACGGUCCGCGGUUCAGCAGCCGGCGCUACCGCGGCACCGUGCCGGCCGGCGCCAUCGCGGGUACCCUGCUGGCGCUGACCCCUGAGGUCAGGGUCAGUGACCCGGACCGGGUGCGCAGCCGGCUCCGGUUCCAGCUGAGCGGCUGCGGGCAGACGUUCCACGUCAGCGCUCUGGCGCUGGUCAGCGUCGGCGAGCAGCGGUUCGACCGGGCGCGGUACGACUGUGAGCUGGAGGUGCUGGACGAGGAGGGCAGGCGCGACAGCAGCUCGCUGGAGGUGCGGGUGAUGGGCUGGGGCGCGGCUGCCGAGACGAGCAGCGCGCUCACCGGCCGCUCCACCUCCGGCGCCUCGGAGGGCGCUGACUCGGGGUCCUCGACCUCCAGCACACAGUCUGAUCCCGCGGACGGUGACCCGCUGCGUCUGGACAGUAUCGUGGAGCGCGAGGACUUCCAGUCGCGGGCUCUGACGGGGCCGGACCGGGUGCUCACCCAGCUGCUCGGUUCCACCUCCGAGGCGAACGCCUCCUUCGUGCCGAGGGCGACCAUCAGAAUCCCUGCCGGGCUACCGGUGGGAUCUAGAAUAUACCAGAUACCCGAGUCAAUCCUACCCCAACGCCAGCGACGUAUCAACCUCAUAGAGAUAUGGCCGGGUGACAGAGCUACGAAAACAAAAACUGCUGAACCUGAAUGGUCGAACACAGGAGAGAAGCACUUCGCCGUUCAGUGGUCCUCAGACGGAGCCGCCCUACUGCUGGAUGAGCCGCUGACUGCGCCCGGCCCGGUGGUUCUGAGGCUGCGGACUGAGGAAAAGGGGGUAUCCAAGGACCUCCUGGCCCUGCUGGUAGACGUGGUGGCCGUCCCCCGGCCUCAGCUGCGGCAGGCCGAGGUCGCGGUGUCCCUGGACGAGGGCGAGUAUACGGACGAGGAGGUGGGGACCAUCCAGCUGGCGGGACCUCCGCAGGGCCGCGGCAGCGUCAGAUUCAGCAUCGCCGACGGGAACACGGCCCACCGCGUCUCCCAGGAGGGCGUCGUGUUCGUCUCGGGCAGCCUGGACUUCGAGCGGCGGCGGCGGGUGCCGGUGGCGGUGCUGGUCUGCCCGCAGCUCUGCACCGACCUGGCCUCGGCGCUGCCGCUGACCGACAGCGUCCAGGAGGCCUGCCAGCACACCUGUGCCGAGGGCGCCGUCACCAUCUCCCUGCGGGAUGUCAACGAUAACCCGCCGCAGUUCCUGUUCGUCAGCGAGAUAGUGACGGCCAAACGUGGUAUCCAGAACGAGCCCGAGCUGCCGUACGCGGCGUACAAGCUGCGCACUCCAGCCGUGCUGGAGGAGGGUACCGUAGUUCUGAACACGACCACCUACGACGCAGACACAUCGAACGGUGAGGUACGGUUCCAGAUGAUCACCCCAGACGAGAGUUUCGCCAUUGACAGCGAGUCGGGUGUGCUGAGGACCACCAAACGCACUUCGUUCGGCGCGCGGACUCCGCGGCAGCUGGUGAUUGCCGCGUACGACCCGGCGCGGCCCGGUCUGCGCAGUAUGGCGCUGCUGGAGCUGGCGCCCGCAGACGUGGAGGACGUGCGGCCGGCGCGGGCGCUCGACAGCACGCUGUACUCCGUGGAGGUGCCCGAGAACUCCGUGGUGGCCCGGCUGCCCGUGCCGUGGACGCUGACCGAGUCGGCCCCCCGGCCGCCCCACCGCUGGACGCUGCGGACGGUGGGCGAUCCCGCGCCGGGGUUCUCCGCUGCCGUGGCUGAUGACAUGCUGGAACUGACGGGAGCCAUCGACUUCGAGGAGCGGCAACAGGUGUGGCUGCUGGUGACGCUGGAGUCGGGCGACCAGCCACCGCUGGACCAGAGCCCCGCAGAGGGUCAGACUGCCAACUCCAGCUGGUCGGCGGUCCCGGACCUGGGGUACCGGACCGCCCGCCGGCUGGGGUCCCUGCCGUUCCCGCCGCGCGGCCCCGCCCCCAGCCCGGAGACGCUGCUGUACAACCAGGCGCUGCUCCGGGUGGACGUGACGGACGUCAAUGACCACGCGCCGCGGCUCAACGUCUCCAGACUGGCUGGCGUUGUGGGGGUGCCGUACGACGCCGGCUACGGCUUCACCCUCGUCACACUGCAGGCCAGUGACCAGGACCACGGCGACAACGUCACUUUCCACCUCAACUCGAGCAGCACCGACGUGCAGACGACGUUCAGCGUGGAGCCGCUGACCGGGGAGGUCCGCCUGUUGCGUCGUGCGGACGUCUCCACCCAGCGACUGCACCGUCUGGGACUGGUGGCCCGGGACGCCGCCAACCACACAGACGCCGUCACUCUGCUGGUGUACGUGCUGGACUCGCGGGACAUGCUGGUGGUGAAGCUGAACAGGACGGCCGCGCACGUGCAGCAGCACCGGCUCUCCAUAGCCAGAGGUCUCAGUACAUUGGCCGCCGCCGACGUCCGCGUGCUGCGCGUGUCUCCCCACUCUGACGGAGAGCUGGUGGACGACUCUCACUCGGACGUCUGGCUGUAUGCGCUCGAGCCGGCCACCAGCACUCUGCUGAGCGCUCAGCAACUGAUGGCCCGCCUGGAGAGCGCCGCGCCCGAGGUGUCGGGCGGCUCCCAGCCGGGGGUGCACGUGGCAGGGAUGUGGCCCGCCACCGAACCGCCGCGAGGCUUUUUCACUAACCUCAAGUUCAUCAUCGUGGGCCUGUCGCUGGCCAUCUUCCUGCUGAUGGUCGCCACACUGGCGGUGCUCUGCUCCAAGAGCUGCAAACGUGACCGCAAGACGUCGCCGUACCCGCCGCUGACGCUGACGCCGGCCGCCAGCGGCUACAGCGGCACCCCGCCGCCCAGUGACGUCACUCAGAUGACGUCACACCAGCCGAGGGAGAUGGUCGAGCGGCGCCGCAGUCCGCCGGCCCAGCGGGCGCCCGGAGCCCCCCUGGGUCUGGUCCUGGAGCCGCCCCUGUACAGUAAGCCGUCCCGCCGGCUGGCCGCCACCCAGGUCUCGCCGGGCCACUAUGUGGCCGACCCCAAGCAGAUGUCGCAGACCGUGGCGCGCCGGCGCCGUGACCCCGGUCAGGGUCAAGGUCAGGGCGUCUCGCACGUGCGCUACGGCAGCCUCAACUACCCGCGCGCCGGCCGGGCGGCCAAUCAGCUGGCGGCCCUGCUGACGCCCGAGCGGCCAUUGGCCGGCGCCAACGUGCGCCGCCAGUCGGUGACCAAUAGCAUGGGCGACGGCACCGAGGUGGGCGUGGCCACGAUGAGCUUCUACAGCGAGUCGCCGUCCGACAUGCCGCCCGUCGACUUCGGCCCCGGGUUCCGUCUGCGGCUGGACCCCUCUGUGACGUCACCGCCGCGACCCGGCGACGAGCGGCGCUUCGCCGACCCGUCGGCCGCGCACCCAGAGACAUCUACCGGCCACCUGCGAACUAACAGUUCGGACGCCCGCGGUGAGGAGUUUCUGGACUCUCUGGAGCCAGGGCAGUUCCCGCGCACCUGGUCCGUCAAACAGUGAGCGAAACGGUGACCGAACAGGGACUGUGACAGUGAUCGAAACAAGGACCGAACAGGGGCCGAAACAGGGACCAAACAGUGACGGAAACUGAGCGAAACAGUGACCGAUACAGGGACCGAAACAAUGACGGAAACAGUAACCGAAACAGUGGCGGAAACAGUAACCGAAACAGUGGCCGAAACAGUGACCGAUACGGGGGCCGAAACAGGAACCGAAACAGUGAGCGAGACAGAAGGGAGUGCUGGGACACGGACAGUGCCAGUGAUAUGGGAUCAAACUGCAGUGAACCUGUGACCGGCCGUCUGUUCCAGCGAGCUAUGUGUGACCGUGCGAGUGAACCUUUCUUGUGUGAGAGAGAUGUCCUUAAGUUUGUAAAGGACAUGCACAAAAACUAUUCCACGCCAAACCAAAACGCUCAGAAAGCGAAGGUUGCAUAACACAGCGAUGUAAAGAUGGAUAACCGUGACGCCGUGGGCAAAUACUGGUGCGACGUCCGACGCUUAGACGUCGAGAUGAGCGGCCACAAAGUCAUGUGUAAAUAACAAAGUGUUUACAAACUGA